AUGAGUCGCGAUGAACAACCGUCUCUGACUAUGGAGAGUCCUAGACCGACGGGGGUUUCGAGCGUCGAGGACCGCGCACUCCCUGUACGGAUGCAGUAUCGAAGCCGACCUGUGUCCGUCGCAGUUGACCCCGUGUCGCUUGUCAUUUCGGAGUGUAUCUCCAUAACUUCUGCUAUCCAGAAGCAUGCUCGCUCUCCACAUUCAUCCGUUUCCGCUAUUCUUGGUGGAAGCCCGAAUCCCGUACAGCUUGGGCCUCCCAGUCCUUCACCACGCGGACGAAGCAAGAGCCCCGCGGCGAGUAUCAGCGGUGAUGCUUCUCAUGAUGGCCUUACCAAUCGCUGGGGUCUUCGUGGGCAGAGGGGAAAGAGCAUGCAAGAUAACCCCAUGAUUGCUGGCUUUGGAAAAUUAAGGCAUGAGCUUGCAGGUGUUAAAGAUAUCCGAUCAUUCGACGCCCCUGCGAUCCUCUCCCCGUUCCUCCACGUUAUCCAAACUAAGGGUACCGCCGCCCCGAUCACAAUUUUAGCCCUAGGUGCUUUGAGGAAGUUUCUGGCCUAUGGUUUCAUCUGCCCCGAAUCACCACGGUUUGCAUUGGCCAUGCAAUCUUUGUCAAGUGCCGUUACACAUUGUCAAUUCGAUAUCAGUGAUUCAGGCCAAGUCGAGGUUGUUCUUCUCAUGAUUCUGAAUCUGAUGGAGGAUAUGAUGUCUGGUCCGGGUGGAGAUAUUCUGAGCGACGAGAGCGUUUGCGACAUGAUGGGCCGUGGCCUUGCCAUAUGCUCACAGCCUCGUUUCUCCCCGGUUUUGCGCCGCACUGCUGAAGCCUCUAUGGUGAGGAUGUGCCAAAUCAUAUUCGAGGACGUUAAACACCUCGAGGUUGAAGCUGGCGACGACACAAACGCCUUGGAUCAGCAAGCUGAUGACGACCGCGAUAGCGUCAGAAUGGAAAAACCCGCCCCCGAAGCUGGAGGACUGUCUGCUGAACCUGAGAGCCUGGAGGUACCUGGAAUGUCUACCCCAGACCCCGAACGCAGCAGUAGGGACACCACGACCACUUCUGAAACGGCACUGGCAACUACAAGCGAUGCGACAGAGGAGACGGAGUCUGUGGAUCUUAGGCCAUACUCCCUCCCGUCCGUUCGUGAGUUAUUCCGGGUAUUGGUGAACUUCCUGGACCCUCAAGAUCGACAGCACACAGAUACAAUGCGGGUUAUGGCAUUGCGAAUUAUUCACGUCGCCCUUGAGGUUGCUGGACCCUUUAUUUCUCGACACCCUGCUUUGGCAGGUAUCGCUGAGGACCGAUUAUGCUGUUAUCUGUUUCAGCUAGUAAGGUCUGACAACAUGGCCAUUCUCGAGGAGUCGCUAGUUGUUGCCGGUACGCUGUUAGCCACUUGUCGUGGAGUACUUAAGCUGCAACAGGAGCUGUUCCUAUCUUACCUGGUAGCUUGUUUACACCCAAAGGUUGAGAUACCUCGCGAGCCCGGUAUCGACCCUUCUCUCUAUGCUGGCAUCCCACAGACCCCCAAACUGGUCAAACCUUCACAAUCAUCACAGCCCAGCAGUGGCCGAUCGACUCCAGUCCCUGUCAAAGACCGUCAAAAACUUGGUUUGGAGGGUGGAUCGCGGAAGCCAGAUGCGCGCCAGGCUAUGGUAGAAAGUGUUGGGGUCUUGUCGCGCAUGCCGACAUUUAUGGCCGAGCUCUUCAUUAAUUACGAUUGCGAUGUUGACAGGGCGGAUCUCUGUGAAGACAUGAUUGGGCUUCUUUCCAGAAAUGCGCUCCCUGAUUCUGCAACCUGGAGCACCACAAGCGUCCCUCCGCUCUGUCUCGAUGCUCUGCUCCGAUAUAUCCAGUUUAUUGCCGAAAGACUUGACCAAGAUGCCACCCGUGGAGACUUUCCUGACCCUGCGACAUUAAGGGAGCAACGGCGAAAGAAGAAAAUUAUUAUCAAGGGAGCAAGCAAGUUCAACGAGAAGCCAAAGGCAGGUCUGGGCUAUCUGGAAGCCCAGGGCAUCAUUAAGGACGCCACAGAUCCUGUUGCUGUUGCCAAGUUUCUCAAAGGCACUUCACGGGUCAAUAAGAAGGUCCUUGGCGACUUCAUAUCUAAGAGAGGAAAUGAAGAAAUUCUCGGAGCUUUCUUGGAUCUUUUUGACUUUUCUGGUAAGCGAGUUGACGAGGCACUUAGACAAUUCUUGGAGUCAUUCCGACUCCCCGGAGAGGCGCCUCUGAUUGCUACGAUCGUGGAAGCUUUUUCCGAGAAGUUUUGCUCCCACGACACUACUGGCGAAGUCGCAGACAAAGAUGCAGUCUACAUCUUGACGUAUGCUAUCAUCCUGUUGAAUACCGAUCAACAUAACCCCAACCUGGACGCCAAGAAACGCAUGACGUUGGAGGAUUUCGCAAGAAACCUCAGGGGAACCAACAACGGCCAAAACUUUGCUCCCGAGUAUCUGCAGACUAUCUACCAGUCCAUCAAGUCCAACGAAAUUAUCCUGCCCGAUGAACAUGAUAACAAGCAUGCCUUUGACUAUGCAUGGAGAGAACUCCUUCUGAAGACAGAGUCAACAGGUAACCUUGUGAUUUGCGACACAAACAUUUAUGAUGCUGAUAUGUUUGCAACGACCUGGAAACCUAUUAUUUCUACGCUGUCCUAUGUAUUCAUGUCCGCCACAGAUGAUGCCGUGUUCGCUCGAAUCGUCACUGGCUUCGAUGAAUGCGCUCGCAUUGCCACCAAAUAUCAGAACUCGGAAGCUCUUGAUCAGAUUGUUUAUUGUCUGAGCCACAUGUCGACAUUGGCAACCGAAACACAGUUCAACACUUCCUUGAACACUGAAGUUCAGGCAGGGGAUGGUAGCGUCAUGAUGAUUCGCAUAUGGCUCAAUCUAUUCACCAACUCGCUCAUUCCGCCCUUCGCUCCAAGCAACUUGCCAGGCUUACCGUUGCCCCCCAUUCCACUGCAAACGCCAUCACAAGUUAUCGAUCGAGUAGCGAGGAAUGCGGACACUGGUUUCUUUUCGGCCUUCACCUCAUACAUUUCCAGUUAUGCUGCCGACGACCCCCCUGAACCAUCCGAUGAGGAGCUAGAAAGCACACUUUGUACUAUCGAUUGCAUCAAGUCAUGCAAUAUGACUGCGGUGUUCGAAAAUAUUGCUAACCUGAGCCCAUCCGUCGCUAAAGUCAUCGUCGAAACACUUGUUGAUCAACUUCCCGAGGAUUCUAACACAACCGUAAUUAGUGUCAAGCAUGAGAGUUUGCCUACGUCUCCCACGAAUGGUCACGUUCGACCGCCAGGGCAUUUGGAGUACGACCCAAGUGUUGCGUAUAUCCUAGAGUUUGGUACACUCUUGGCGUCACGGGAUGCAGAAUCCAUUGAGAGCAUGGGUAAAGUUGUCUUCGACACGCUACAAGGCGUUCUUCGCGAUCCAGCCCGAUACCAUGCCAUUACAGUUUCCCGGGCGUCUUUCUAUGCCCUCAAGCUACUCAAUAUCAGCUAUGAUCAUGACUUCGUCAACGUUCCAUUUCUGCUUCAUACGAUCUCGACUUUGCCACAAGAGGCCUUGGGUAAGAACUCGGAUCUUGUGUUGCAAGGCCUUUCACUUUGCAUCGAGGAGUCUGGCCCGUUGAAACGAGAAAUGAUGACGUCCCCUGACUUUUGGGCAAUACUGCGAGCCUUGGCUCAACGUCCAGAAUCAGCGGCACUGGUUUUCGAAAUUUUGGAGAAGGGAACUGCUGGAACCCCUUCGGCUAUUAUGGCAGAUAAUUAUGAGGCAGCAAUAUCCCUUCUGAACGACUUUGCUUCCGCUGCCACCCCUCGGCAACCUGGCAUGCAGACCCGAAGCCCUAGACCCCAAAGGCCAGCCCCCUCCAAGCAAGAUAAAAAACGCAAUGCGGAAGCAGUCAGCCGAGGCUCCAAGGCUGUCAACAUGCUUUACAAUAUGACGGAUCGAAUCCCACAUCUCAUGCAACAGUCUCAGCUUGAGAGCAGUGAAGCCUGGUCUGCUUAUUGGCUGCCAAUUUUCCAGGCUUUAACCACUCAGUGUGCAAAUCCAUGCAGAGAUGUCCGACAACUUGCCUUCUCCGCUCUUCAACGAUCUCUUCUGUCCCCAGAGUUGACCUGCAGUGACCCUAAAGAGUGGACUGCUAUUUUUGGCAAGGUUCUGUUUCCAUUAAUCAUCCAGCUGCUCAAACCUGAGGUCUUCCUGUCCGAUCGAGAUGGAAUGAGCGAGAUGAGAGUCCAGUCUGCUUCUCUUCUUUGCAAAGUCUUUCUUCAAUAUAUGGUACUCCUCUCAGAAUGGGACGGAAUGCUGGAUCUCUGGAUUAAGAUCAUCGAGAUUAUGGAUCGCCUCAUGAACAGUGGCCAGGGUGACAGUCUUGAGGAGGCUGUUCGUGAGAAUCUCAAGAAUGUGCUGCUAUUUAUGGCCAGUAGUAAGUAUCUUGUGUCACCCCACAUAGAUCAGUCGAAGGAGGAACUCUGGUCAGAGACUUGGAAGCGCAUAGAUCGAUUCCUACCUGAACUUCGUGGCGAACUCGCUCUUGAUGAGCCCCCGAACGAGAACAAGACAGACAAUGAGACCACUGAGGUGCCGGAACAGCUUUCGGAGAAGGAAAAGGAGACGGAGAAGAAGACUGAGACUGAAGAGGAUCAGAUUACUGGCGACCCCGUCACGACAGAAAAAGUUGCUGAGACAUAA